AGGCUCGCAGCAUCAGCCGGUGGUGCUGACUUCACUUUCCCCGUCUCUCUCCCUCCUCCCUCACUCUGUCGCUCCUUCUCUCACAACCCGUCUCACACGCUCGUACCUCCACCCUGCAGCAAACAUGGUCGAUGCUUUCGUUGGAACGUGGAACAUGAAGGAAAGCGUCAAAUUUGACGAGUACAUGAAGGAGCUGGGCGUUGGCUUCGCUACACGUAAGAUUGGCAACAUGACCAAGCCCACCACCAUCAUCUCAGUGGAUGGUGGCACAGUGACAGUGAAGACACAGAGCGCGGUGAAGAACACAGAGCUCUCCUUCAAGCUGGGAGAGGAGUUUGACGAGACCACAGCCGAUGACAGGAAAGUGAAGUCCCUUGUAUCAAUAGAUGGCGGGAAGCUUGUACAUGUACAGAAGUGGGACGGCAAAGAGACCAGUCUGGUCAGGGAAGUGGAAGGCAAUAAACUCACCCUGACGCUCACCCUGGGAGAGGUCGUCAGCACGCGUCACUAUGAGAAGGCAGAGUAACAACCAAACACUAACCCCCUCUCCCUCCAGCAAUUUCUUGCAUCUGCUUAAGCCCUGCUAGCCCAAAACUCCUAAACAUCACCUCAUCCCUGGCCAAGAAAACCUCCUCAUUGUUCUAAUUCAUACUGUGAUGCAGUAUUAACCUUUCUGCUGACUGUGACCUUACCUUUCCCCGUGUCCCUCUGUUUUUCCUUCUACUGUAAGAAACACUGAAUAAAUUCCAAUGAUUUGUUUGAUGUUGUUUUUUUCUCUAAAAAUCCAAGGUCUGCAUAUUUCUGUUUUUGUUUUGUUUAGAAAAUGUGUAAUGCACAGUGCCUAUGAUGAACCUGGAAAGUGUUACAUUUCAAAAUUUGUCUAUGAAAACCAAAAAAAUAAAAGUGUGUACACUAUUGAAAGAAAA